AUGUCGUUGCUACCUACUCAAACUCAGAUAGACAGUAUGGCUAAAGCCUCUACAUUUAUCGUAGCGAUCAUGCUGGUCUGUGGACUUGUCGCUAAUGGUGUCCUGAUUUUCUACAUGAUUAAUAAGUUGAGAAAGAAAGUUAUCGUUUACGACAUGCAAAUCUUAAGUUUGUCUAUAUCGGAUUUUGCCUUCAUGACCUUAAGUGCAACUGGCGUUUUACGGGUUACGGAUAAAAUCAAUCAACGCUCUUCAGUAUAUCAAAAUGGUACCUUUACAUGCCGAUUAAUUUUUGGGAUACUACUCUAUUUAACGCUGGUCAAUAUGUUAGUUAUGGCGUCCAUUGCUAUUUAUCGCUACGUUACUGUUCUCUAUCCUAGGAUUAGCAAGAAAUAUUUGACUGUUAGUGCCACGUUAUUGGCGUUAAUAAUCAAUUGGCUGUUACCUUCUGUUUUUAUCGUUCCGCCUGUUGUUGGUGUUUGGGGUAGUUUCGUAUACGAUAAUUUAACUAGUUCUUGCACAUUAGAACUGAUACCUCUAGGAGGAGACGAAGAACAUCAUUCGAGCUACUCUCUCUUUCUCAUUUUGUUCGGUAUGACGGUUCCUACUACCAUUAUGGCUGCUUGUUAUAUUGCUAUUGGCUUGCGUCUUCGCCAAACAUCGAAGCGUCUUAAAGGCCAUGCGAAAAAUGAAUCAUCUAAUGGUACUGGGACAUCUGCUGGAACAGAUUCUACGGUAUUUUCAAGCCAAAAUAGCGAACAUAGCGCAAACGACACUAUACCUACUAUUAGCAUCGCUUCUACCAAUGGCCAAUAUUUAACUGUUAAUCCACCACCAUCCUAUAAAGCGGGUAGGAAAGGUGUUACAGCUACUAAACAUCAACAAAUCAACCCUGGCAAUUCAAACGCAGUCAAAAAGGAAAGAAAAAUCACUAAAAUAUUUGGUAUUAUUGUCGUUGUAUAUAUCAUUUCUUAUUUCCCCUACUGUACAAUCUGUUUAGCUACUAUUCUAUUUAACGUGCAAGUUUCUCCUUUAGUGUUUUAUAGUACAAUUUUCUUUACUUAUAUUAGCAGUAUCAGCAAUCCAUUUGUAUUCCUUGCUCAUAAUAAUAAAUUUAAGGCACGUUUAAACAAGAUAUUCAGUAAAAACACUCGUAGAUUAAUACAUAAUCGCAUUUCCAUACGACGAUCUAUCAAUCGCGUUAUACGUAUACGAGAAUUUGCUCAUUGA